AUGGCAGGCGCAGGUGUUGAGGCGAUUUGCACUCAGAUCGAAGAGUGUGGGGGUCUCGAUAAAAUUGAACAGCUGCAAAAUCAUGACAACGAGGAGAUCUACAAGCUCACCUAUGAGAUCAUUGACACAUAUUUCAAUUCGAAUAGCGAUGAUGACAUUGCGACCGGUCAAGAAGGUGGUGUUGUGCAACAACCUGCGAAAGGAUGGUCAUUUAAUUGA